AUGGCCGGCGAACCACUCGACAGUCUGGAUGAGUUCUUUGACUUUGCCCAGUUAGAGAAGGAUAACGAUGGGUUCGACCCUUCAUUACAGUAUGAUUCUUCGGCACAGGCUAUGCCCUUUCUUGGGCCAGAUAGUGCUAUGGACUGGCAGCCUAGCAUUGGAGCGGAUGUGGGGGCCAUGAACAUACCGUCCGAUUUCUCUUUCAGCAUACCCGAGGAACCUACGCCAAACUUCUUUCAAGCUGAUCCAAUGUCACCAUUAGUCCACGAUAUAUCCAUGGUGCCUCAGACUCUCACAGAUCACCACAGCAGGACUGCCUCGUACUCAUGGCAACAUCACCCUAUGCCACGGGAAGGGGAGGUGAUUACGCUGAGGCAAGAAACAAACCAACUCGUGCGUCCCCAACGGAGCAACACCGUUACUUUGAAGCCCGCAUCGGCCAAACGAAAAGGUCCAUCCACUCGCCUACCGGUGGAAGCUAGGCAGAUGCUGGAGGAAGAGUUCGCAGCAAACCCGUACCCAUGCUCAUGGGAGAUAGACAUAAUUGCUCAUCAGGCUAAUUUGGAUGUGAAACGGGUGCGAAAUUGGUUCAACAACACUCGUGCCCGAAAGAAGCCAGAGUCCCCAGAAUCAUCUGACGUUGUCACGUCGCAUCCCAACGGAAGCGUUACCUCCCUAUCAUCGAAACUUUCCCGUGACAGCCUUGAAGCCCUGGAUAAACUGGCAGAUGAAGCAAUCCAAUUACCUCAGCCACCUCUUGCUGUAUAUUUGGCACAGUCGUAUCAGGAGGAAGCCGUACCUUAUUCUGCCAUCCAAGCUGCUAUGGAUGACGGUUCAAUCAGCGAUAAAAGUGCUUUCCAGUUCGACGGAUCUUCAAGUUACAGGGUGGGCAGGGCUGGCUCAGUCAUCACAUCAGUGGCCUCCUCUGACGGCACAGCACCCACGACAUAUAGCAGCGGCAGUAACAUGUCAUCAUUUGGGCGAGCUCGAAGACGUGGCCGCCGACGCAUGGAAUGGAAGCAAUCUCCGUACACAAGGACGAAGCUGAACGGUCUCAACAGUGCGGGUGUACCUCAAGAGAAUCUUCCUUUCUGCUGCACAUUCUGCCCACGUGCCUUUAAAACCAAAUACGAGUGGAUCCGUCAUGAGGAUUCUGUCCACGCACUGCGGACCACAUGGAUUUGCUGCGACAGCAAGAAUGUUCCACUUCUGUCAUGCCCUUUCUGCGGGCAGAUGCGACCCGACGAGUCCCACAUGGCUAGCCACAAAUACCACCAAUGCCGAAACAAGCCAGAGUCACAACGAACCUUCUACCGCCGAGAUCACUUCAUUCAACACUUACACCAUGUGCACUUUGCCAACGUCAAGCAUCCGUCAGCCCGCCUCGGCUGCCAGACACGCCUACUCGACAGCGAAGGGGGCAAUUUUGGCUGCAAGGAUCUUGCCUUAAAAUGGAGAAGAUUCGGCGCACCUAUCAAAGCUGAUGAUCCUAUGCUUUGUUGCGGCUUUUGCGGAAAACGAGCAAAAGACUGGAGUGAGCGUUGUGAACAUGUUGCUGAGCAUAUGGCAGCAGGCGAUUGGGAUCGGUCGACAUGGUGGCCGGAGCGUUUAGAAAACCACUUGGAGAACCUAUGCUCGCCAGGUGCAGCUGGACCAUUCCGUUGUCGCUACUGUCGGAAGGUAUUUGCCAAUGUUGAUGCUAUGAACGAGCACUCUCAUUGUCGUGUUUGGAGUUGUCGGUUCCUUCGGUCGUUCGACGAUGUUGCUGCUGAGAAUGCUGGACCUCCUCUAUGCCCACAAUUCCCGUCGCCGAAGGCUCACCACUGCCACUUGUGUGGUGCUGGCUACAGAUCCUUCCACGUGGAGCACGCUCAGCACUACCACCGCUACCGGGAGUGCGAACAGACUCUGUACACAUCUGAAGACGAAUUUCUACAACACAUGCACGAAUUUCACGGCGCGUCUGAACCGCAGUUGCUUCAGGGCAAUUCCAUUCUCGAACAAAAUUUCUCCAGAAACAAAGGUGCUUCAUUUGAGCCUAUUCAACUUGAUGAGAUUAUGCAAGGGUGCCACGUCGGAGACUCCAGCGCGUUGUUCGUUGAUUCAGCCAUCAUCGAGCAGACGAUAGCUUCAGCCUCCAGCUCGUCGAAAACAGUCCGGGAACAGCCGUCUACUUCAACGAGCCGGAAGGCACAACAGCCGGUUGCACCGACAGGUCGCAAGCACACAAAGACACAGCGCCAGCGUGCCGACAGUUCGGGUUCAAGACCUGUGCCACAAGGACCGCGUUUCUUCCGCCUCAGUCCUUUAGUGCCGUAUUUGUCCACGCGCAUCUACUACUUGCGUAGUGCGAUACCAGCGAGCCUAUUAUCAGAUAGCAAGGUGGUGCCCGAGGAGUUUCCCAAGAGCCAUGUAGCCUCACUAGUCAUGAGCUCCGGGCUCUUGGGAAUGGCUGGCGUUCGAUUUCAGGUCAACAUGAAAAGGGACGGGGCGAAAGGGCCGGUGGAGUUCACUUUGGAGGAAGACGAAGAUUAA